CGCCCGACUCGACUUUUAGUGUCAAAGUAGGCCGACUAAAUUACACAAACUGAGUCCGCAGCUAAAUGUAGAGAAACCAGCAGGAUUACAUGGCAACGGGUCCUUUCAUUGUCAACAGAAUAUGUAACCCGGUGUGACGCCACUAAAUGUUCCCUCACUGGGAACGUAAAGCGCUACGAGCCUGAGAGGGAACUGGAGCAGAUGCCGAUCGGACCAAAACCAACCAAGCGCAAUAACUCAUUCUAAGCAGUUAACAUUCUCAAGUAGAAGUCAAAUAUGCUUCAAUCUAAACUAGGUAUUGAGCAAAACCAUCUUUAUGAAGAGCAUAUUGAAAUGUUGCUAUUGAGGCCUCAACAUGUGACCGUUCAGCAGCCAACGAGGGGGAAGGUCGGACCGUAAUCAUCCACAGCGAGUCUCGGCUUUUUCUCCCUGCUCGGAGGAAUGUUAUAUUGUUCUCUGCUUUCCUCUUAACAAUGGAAUCCUGUGACGAGAUUAAACCCCGAAGGAAGCCGAGGUGCUCGAUUUGUGCCAAGUGACGGAAUCAAAGGAGCGUCUCAGGACUAAAUGUAGGUCAACAUCACAGCGCCGCGUGCUAGUUUCACUCCCGCCGCCGCCGCCCGUGUCCUCCUUUAAACUUCGCUCUCCCACAGAAUGCUGCGAUGCUUCUGAUGUAAUUGUCGGCUGUUCUGCUCAUAUGUCGACACUGGCAUCACCGUUACGCAGGCUUCAUCCUCCCCUCCGACAGGCCGCUCCAUCCUCCCGCUCUGAUGCAAGGUGCGCCGCCCCUUGCCGCCGGAUUUCCCUUCUCCCGGUAGGCCAAUUAAAAGCCGAUGUUGGGACUGAUGGAGCUGCUACAUAAUGGAGGACUGAAGCGACCUGUGGUGGCGUUGAGCCACUUGGCGUCCGUCGGGCAGGUUGACAUUCAUGCGUAGAGUAAAACCUCCAACGUUUAUCUGCUGCAACCUGAGGCUGCUCAUUGUGCGUCAGGAUGUGUGUCCAUAUCCAGAGCUGUGUACUGCAGUUAGAACGCAAAGUACCUUUUUAUAAAUAGACGCACUUUCAAAGCUUUGUUUAGCGCCGAAGUCACAGACAGUCCAGGCCAUCAACGUGGUAUUUUAUAGGCUCAUGCAGUUUUUGGCAUUCGAUUUCUUUGGCCUCAUUAGAUUCUUCUGUGCUCGGGACAAACAGUUGAGCAUGAAGAUGAUGGAUAAGUCCCUCGGGAGUUGAUGGAAACCAAAAGAGAUGAAUAAUAAUGUUGCUUCAUGACUGCUGGGCAAGUCAAUGAGGUAAUGUUCUGCUAAACAACAUGAUGAUUUACCAAUUCUGUUUUAUAACUUGUUUGCACUGCCCUCAAAUGGUCAAAUAGGUUAUGGCAGUUGAAGGACAAAUUAAAUGUGAUCCAGUCACAGACCGAUCCUUCAGUGCACACAUGACACGUUAAGAUGAGUGAACUAGUGGCCUCACAGACGUGUCAUUCUGAAGGCUUGUUCAAGUAUUCAAGACCUGCAUGUAAUACAGUGUUUUUAAUUUAGUGCAACAGAAUGCAUGAUGCAACCUCCAAACGGAGAGAGAUACAUUUCCACUUUACUAAGUCCUACAAUGAAAUUACUUUCUGUGCAAACUUGCUAUACUAGACUUUUAUUUUACUAAUAUCAUUCACUUAAACGGAUUAACUAUACUAUACGUUUUUGGACAUACUAUAACUUUUUUUACUAUGACGUUUUUUCUCAUUUUUUCUUUGACUUUAAAAAGUUCAGCUUAUCCUACAAUGUCUUUGGCUCUGUACUAAAUGAUUCUAGAUUCAUUACCUUUGCAAAAGAAUGUGUGUAUGUUUAAAAUCUAUUUGGUCUCCACCUUUUACCGAUUUUGUGUAAAAUAUAGUUUUUCAAUGAAUAUGUCGCUUGGCUUUCGCAGUAAUGUUCCCUGAACAUUCGCGCCCACCCAGCUCAUUGGACGUGAAUCAGAGGGACGCGCAGCGCUAAAGAGCUGGAAGGGAAACCGCAAGAAACAGCCAAGCGGCGAGGCGAGAAGAUGAAGGUCAAGGCUCUGUCAGUGACGGAGUGCACCUGGACGUCGGAGGAGUGCCGCCCAGUCGCUGAGCUGCACGGAGACCCCCCGAAGGACAGCUUCUGUCUACCGAACAUAUUCAGGUCCAAAAAAGUGAAGCCGCUGGCGAGCAGUCGGACCGGCCCCACCUACCAGGUGUACCACACGGCCAGAGAGCUGCUGCUGGAAGCUCUGGACCGAGGAGCCGUCCGGCAGCUGGUCCGGAGGAGAGGGCCGAGCCGUCCGUCCCACCACAGCAGCAGCAGCAGCAGCAGCAGGGAGCAGAGCGCGGACCUCUCCGAGGGGGAGUACGCCGAGGCGCUGACCUGGUUCUCUAUAGUGCUCCAGGGCGGCCUGUCCGUGGGGGGGGGCCGUGGCUGCGGCUCCGAGCUGACCCUGAAACUGGACGGGUGGCAGGGGGUCCUGAAGAGAAACAGCUUCCAGAACGACCUCCUGUCCCUGACCAGACUGGAGGACGGAGACAAGCUGGACGCCCUCUCUGCGUUCUGCAGCCACUUGACCGGGCGCUACCGGGCCUUGUACACGCCCGGUCACGACCUGGUGGUGAAGAAGUACAGGCUCUCCUACCAGCAGGAUCCCUGCGCUCUGCACCUCGCCCUCCUCUGCGACACGAGCUCCGGGUUCAUCUGUAACAUGUAUCUGUAUUGCCCGCAGCGACUCCAGAGGCAGACGAGGACAACCGUAGUGGAGCAGGUGGUGGGAUACCUGCUGAGACCGUUCUGCGGCCACAGGCACCGGGUUCAGCUGGACGCCUCUGCGUCGGGGCUCACGGGCGUCUUCUCUGGCUUAGGGGCGGAUAUUCAUUUCGCCCCAACUGCUGAAAGAACACCUUCGUCCCCACCAGGCGUGGACCAUCUGCUCCCAUGCCCAGCGGAGGACUCGCCGUCUCCAGGAGAGGCCCACCUGCAGGGCUGGACCGGACCUGCUCUGUUUCCCUCUUCAGACCCGAAGGGGUCAGCGGCGGACGUGUUUCUGCCAGGCCUCUGGGUGACGCUACACGUCAUCUGCAUCAACACGUUCACGCUGCACUCUCUGCAGAGGGGGGGCUCAGCCAACCAGGUCCAGUUGACCGAGUUCACCAGAACUCUGGCCUGCAGGCUGGCCGAGGACAGCAGCGUCACAGUGCCCGUCCUGCCGCAACUAAACAGCCGCUCGUGCCAAGAGACGGGUUUCGCAAAUCAUUCCAAGCAAAGAACCAGCACCAUCAGUCCCGGUCAGGCGGCGCAAACGGAGCAGCCGGGCUGCAGCUCUGCAGCGCUCGGCUGGGGCAGAGCAGGAGUGUGCGGUUUGGACAACUCGGGCAACUCGUGCUACUUAAACGCCGUGUUACAGUGCUUGUGUUCCACUGUGCCCCUCGUGGAGCACCUCCUUCAUCGGGACACUCGCAAGGAGCUGGGAAGGUCCCAGUGCCAAGUGGCCCAGAUGUUUGUCCGCCUGCUGGAGGAGAUGUGGCUGGGAAGCGGCACCAGCUGUGCCCCCGUGGAGGCUCGGUCCGUCAUGUGCUCCGUGCUCCCCCAGUUCGACAACUACUCCCAGCAAGACGCACAGGAACUGAUGCUCUUUCUGCUCAACGCACUCAACGACGAGCUGAAAAAGGUCGCCAGGCGCCAGGUGCUCUCCUCGGCGCGGCGGACGAGACGAGGCCGAGACCGGAGCUGUGGGGCCGCGGCGACGGAGUCCACCACCAUGGUGUCACGUUUGUUCGAGGGCCAGCUGGGCUACACGACCCUGUGCACGCACUGCGAGCACCAGACGCGCAGCACGCAGAGCUUCACCGUGCUGUCACUGCCGAUCCCCAAAGACACCAUCAAGUGCUCCAUCCAGGUACGCCAACGCCGCUCCGCACCUCUGCACUGUGCGCACGUCACCUUUCUGGGGGGGAUUUAUUGCCGUGUGCUUCCUCACUGGGUUGUGCAGGACUGCCUGUCGCUGUUCUUCGGGCAGACCGUCCUGACCGCGGCAGAGCAGGUGCUGUGUUCAGCGUGCGGCCUGAAGAGAGAAACAGCGGUCCACACUUCUCUGGACAAACCGCCGGAAAUCCUCAUGCUGCACCUGAAACGACUCAAUCUCUCCCCGUUUCUAUCCAGCUCAGUGCAGAGCACCGUUUAUUCUUCAUACCGCCUGUACGCUGUGGUGAACCACACAGGCCAUCUGAACAUGGGCCACUACACAGCUCUGUGUCACAACGCCUGCACUAGAUGCUGGCACUGUUUUGAUGACUCGGCGGUCAGAGAGGUACGGGACAGCCUCGUCCAAUCCCCCAAUGCCUACGUGCUGCUCUACAGCCGCACGCCGUUCCAAAAGCCAAAGAUCCACGGACUCUGAGCUCUGCAGCCACAGACGGAUCCAUCAGGGGACUCGGGUUCAACGUCUUUGAUCUGGUUUUAUCAAAGCUUUUUGGUUUUGUCGUUGCAAUGUUCAUAGACGGUAUUGUUUUACAGCCUUUACAGAAGAAAGUCACUCAGGCACAGUCAUUUGAAGCAGUUUUAAUAAAUAUUCACGAGUUGUUUGAGGUUA